AUGAGCCCAAGGCUAAACACUGCACAGGUGUAUAAGUAGUGGGGCCUGGGUCCAGGUGUUGCACCUGUCCCAGGAACAGCCUCGCCCAGGUGCUCUGUGGCUCAGGAGGGGCCACGGGUCCCCCGAAGUCAGGCCAUGAGCUCCUUUGAUCUCCAGGCGCACUCCCCACCCCGCUGCAGCCCCCAGUUCCCCAACAUUGGCCAGGAACCCCCCGAGAUGAACAUCUAUUAUGAGAACUUCUUCCACCCACAGAACAUGCCCAGUCCCCAGCGUCCCUCCGGCUAUGAUAGCGGUGGAGACUACGGGGCCACACCAAACCCCUACCUCUGGCUGAAUGGGCCUGCUAUCACUCCUCCGCCCUACCUCCCAGGCUCCAACCCGGGACCCUUCCUCCCCCAGUCCUACGGCAUGCAGAGGCAGAUGCUGCCCAAUGGCCUCGGGGCUGCCGACCUGGGCUGGCUCCCCAUCCCUUCCCAGGAAGAGCUGAUGAAGUUGGUGCGGCCACCCUACUCCUACUCCGCCCUCAUUGCCAUGGCCAUCCACGGGGCCCCAGACAAGCGGCUGACCCUCAGCCAGAUCUACCAGUAUGUGGCAGACAACUUUCCCUUCUACAACAAGAGCAAGGCUGGCUGGCAGAACUCCAUUCGGCAUAACCUGUCUCUCAAUGACUGCUUUAAGAAAGUACCCAGGGAUGAGGAUGAUCCAGGAAAAGGGAAUUACUGGACUCUGGACCCAAACUGUGAGAAGAUGUUUGACAAUGGAAAUUUCCGCAGAAAGAGAAAGAGGAAGUCAGAUGUUGCCUCCAGCUCGGGCUCCUUGGCCUCAGACAAAUCCGAGGACAGUCUCCUGUCUGGCAGCCCCAAGGCCACGGAACCCCAGGACAUGUUAGAUAGUGCCUCCCCAGGGUCUGACAGCUCACCAGGGAAGCGCUCUCCCCCUUCUCCUUCCAGCAACCCAUGCCUCACCAGCUUCCUGUCCACCAUGACAGCCUAUGUCAGUGGCUCCAACUCCACGAGCCGAUCAGGAGGGGCUCCUCCAGGACUCAACAAUGAGAGUGCUGAGAAGAUGGGUCAGAACUUCCUUAGCUUUAACUCCUUCUCCCCACUCCCCAACAUCCCCAGUCAUGGAAGUGGGGGUGAUUGGUCCAACUCCAUGCCCCCCAACCACCUUGGCUACAGCGGCUCUGUCCUUAACCAAUUCAACUCUCAUUUCUACAACAGCAUCAACACAAACAGCAUUCUCUACCCCAGGGAGGGGACUGAGGUCUAG